AAUCUACGAAUAAAUUAGAUCGAAAAGUGUGAUACGGCUUCAGUUUACCGGUUACCGCCGAACAGUGCGGUACAGUUUUCUAGGUGCUGCCACGGGUUACCAUGUGUUGCUGCGCUCGCCAUCGCAUGUAAAGUGCAAGAAACACUUUUCGAAAAGGGGGAAGGUGUUGCAUACCGAAAUAAAAAGAAGGGGAAAAACGUGAAGAUUAAAAUUCAUAAUUCAUGAAUUAAUUAGCAGACAUUUCUUCAAGUGAACAUGACUUACCAAGUCAAGUUACCAGCGAAACAGAUAGUGCUAGUUGUGGCAGUUUUUCUCUUCGUUAGUGCCAUCCAGGAUGUAUCAUGUUUCAACAUCUCCGCCAAUCAGAUCCACACGCUCAACCUGGAUCGCCAGAAGCUGAAAUUGACGUGGAUGAUGGACUGGUACCGGAAGGAGGUGUUGUUUCACGUUCAGAACACCUUCCUGCACGGGCGGUACAAGUUCUUCGCAAUCGGUUUCUCCCCUCGAGGUGAACUGAAACGGACCGACCUGUGUGUGUUCUCCAGCCAGGGUGACGGUAUGUACCAUCAGGUGCUGGAUACUUAUACCUCACGGGACUUCAGUCGGAUCUACGCGGACACCACGCAGGACUGUAGCGUAAUGCGGAUCGAUGAGAAAUCGAUUGCCUUUCGAAGGAAGUUCGAUACUUGUGACCCACAGGAUGUGGCCAUACACGGCGGGACCAUGUACGUGGUUUGGAUGCGUGGCAGGAAAGAACUGGAUUUCUCGGCGAACUGGACGUUACUGCCAAAGAUCAGUAAAAGCGAUCAAGGAGUCUUGCCGGUGCAGAUCUUACGAGCCGAUGCGAUAGAAGUUCCUGAAGAGAAGUCAUUGGUGAAAAAACUUGAUAUUCGGUUGGAUCAAGCCAUCAUUCCUGCCGUGGAGACGACUUAUUGGUGUAAGGUCCAGCGGUUGGAACCUUGGUUGGCUCAAAAGAAACAUCACCUAGUACAAUUUGAGCCGAUUAUAACGAAUGAACACGUGGUUCAUCAUAUGGAGGUAUUUCAAUGUGUCGCCGAUUCCAAGCAUGAAAUUCCAGAGUACGAGGGUAGCUGUGCGGACAUGCCCCCGGAAGCGACGAUCUGUAAUAAAGUUAUGGCUCUGUGGGCUAUGGGAGCAAGUGCUUUUACGUAUCCACACGAAGCUGGUCUGCCAGUGGGUGGAAAGGAAUUCAAUCCGUACGUCCGGUUGGAAGUACAUUUCAACAAUCCGGACGUGAAAACCGGCAUUAAAGAUAGUUCCGGAAUGCGCAUCAGUGUGGUAUCGAAGCUUAGAAAACACGAUGCUGCCAUUAUGGAACUUGGUUUAGAGUACACGGACAAGAUGGCCAUACCACCCGGGCAGGUUGCAUUUCCCCUGACCGGUUACUGUAUUGCAGAAUGCACAAAAGUUGCACUACCAUCUGAUGGGAUUACGAUUUUCGGUUCGCAACUGCAUACACAUCUACGAGGUGUACGAAUUCUUACCCGCCACUUCCGCAACGGAGUUGAACUAAGGGAAGUCAAUCGAGACGAUUUCUAUUCUCAUCAUUAUCAGGAGAUUAGACAGUUGCGGUAUCGACCGAAAAUCCUACCGGGAGAUGCUCUAAUGACAACCUGCUACUACGACACACGAGGAUACGAAGCAGCUACCUUGGGUGGGUUCUCCAUCAGUGACGAAAUGUGUGUGAACUAUAUCAGCUACUAUCCGGCGACCAAACUGGAGCUAUGCAAAAGCGCCAUCUCGGAGAAAUCUCUAUACAACUAUUUUAAAUAUAUGCGAGAAGUGGAACAACAGAACACGGUUCGGCCUGGGGAAGGCCGAUCCGAUAACUACCACAACAUUCAGUGGACCAAGGCUAGAGCUGACCAAUUGCUUGAGUAUUAUCUAGAGGAACCGCUGAGCAUGCAGUGUAAUCGAUCCGAUGGCUUCCGAUUUGAUGGAUUCAACUGGGAAGGAGCACCAGUUACGGAAUUUAGCCCUCCGAGGCGAACCCUCAAGGAACAUUGUAAGAUACCUUCCGAGUUGCACUGGUUCAAGCCACUAGAGGUCGGAAAGUGUGACGCUUUCGGAGACUGCAUCUACGCUGACGAAAAAAUCAAGGAGUAAAAAUAAGUAGUUUGAUACCAGUGAGGUAUAAAAUACGAAAUCAUUUCAAAUGAUUAGAACCAAAGCACAGUUUUCUGCACAAAAUAGUUCUCACAAAUAAAAAUCAAAUUUGUAAAUAUUAUCACAUCAAAA